GCCAUCUUGGCUGAGGGCAGCUCGGGCUUCCCGGCGGCUUCAGCGCGGCAGAGAGCAGCGGGAGGCGGCGGCCAGCUUGGCUGAGGGCACCAGUGCAGCGCGGUGGAGGGUGUGUGGGGGGAAAAAUAACCAACCAAACCCAGCGCUAAAACCACGCAGCAGCGGGCUGAACCCGCCAGGGCUGACGGGGGCGGCCAGGACAGCCCCGACAGCGCGGCGGCGCCGUGAGGUGCCGGGCACCCUGCGAGGCCAUGGGGAGGAUCGGGCUGCAGCUGCGCGCCACGCUGGAGAACAUCACGGGGCUGCGGGCCGCGGGCGAGGACUUCCGAUGGUACCUCAAGCUGAAAUGUGGGAACUGUGGUGAAGUUUCUGAGAAAUGGCAGUAUCUGCGCUUGAUGGACAGUGCUCCCCUGAAAGGAGGCAGAGGAAGCGCCACUAUGGUGCAGAAAUGCAAGCUGUGCUCCAGGGAGAACUCCAUUGAUAUUUUAAGCCAGACAAUCAAACCUUACAACGCUGAAGACAGCGAGAAGUUCAAAACGAUAGUGGAGUUUGAAUGCCGAGGUCUGGAACCAGUUGACUUUCAACCACAGGCAGGGUUUGUUGCUGAAGGUGCAGAAUCUGGCACACCUUUCAAUGACAUAAACUUGUUAGAAAAGGAUUGGAAUGACUAUGAUGAAAAAACAAAGGAAUCUGUUGGAAUCUAUGAAGUUACCCACAAAUUUGUAAAAUGCUGAAGUUCAUACCCCUAAUAAAUCUUGACAUGCUUACUGAUGAAGGAGCUGUAACCAUCAGAGACUCAGUUUCCUGGGAGUUACUUUUCACAUGGCUGUACUGCAGAAAUGGAAACCUAAAUUGUACUCACUUUCUCCAGGAUGUCCUAAUAAAAUAUUUUCCACAGA